GUCAACAGUCAACCCUUGGCCCUUGCUUGGUAAUUGGUGAGUGAUUGUCAAUUACAUCUAAAGCAGCAUUACUCUUACACUUUAGGGUCUAUUUGGUUUGAUGGAAACAUGUUCGGUGUAAAAUGAUUUUUGAUGGAAAAUAUAUUUUGAUGGAAAGCACAAAUUAAUACUAAAAGUUCUUACUUUUUGUCGGUUUGGUUUGAUGAAAAACUAUUAGACUCCAAAAUGGAGAUGUUGGAAGUUGGGACGAGAGAGUAGAGGAAAAUGGUUUUCCUUCAAUGUAAAACUCUUUUCUACCUUAGUUUUUGUCUUUUUAAAUAUAUUGUCUAACCAAACAACGAAAAAUGGGGAAAAUUGUCUACAAUUUAGAUAGAGAUGAAAAUAAUUGGUAUGUCUAGCCUCUCAUUCUGUCAAUGUUCAUCCCACCUCACAGCCCACAUGGUGGUGUGAUAUUGACUAGGUACUUAUGAAGUCUUUUGGAUGAGUUACUCCUUGAAGGAAUUGAUAAGAAGGAUUACAGAAAAACAUCCGAGACUAAUAUAGUAAUUUUGCUAAUCAUCCCCCAUUUAAAAAUUAAUAAUUUUAGUAACCAAAUGGUCAUCAAUGUUGACUUUUCCAUCUUAAAUAUUUCUAUGGUUCAGUCCAUUAUUACAGACUGCAUUUAAUAAAGGAGUCCAAAUUGUACGCCUAUGUUCUGUUCUAUAUCGUUAAAACUUAAAACUAGAGUAUCUAAAACCAACAUUGUCUUGCAUCAUGACGAGAUGUUGGAUAAUUGUAAAAUACUUGGGUUGUGUGUUAGCAGCAAUAUUGCUUCAUGCUCAGCAUCAAGAAUGUUGCAUUGAAGAAGAGCGGCUUGCUUUACUCGAACUCAAGUCCUACAUGAAGUCGUAUGCAGGCCCUAAAUAUGAUGAUUCAUUUAGCUGGUCUGAUGAUACCGGACAGAGAUAUAACUGCUGUGCUUGGAAAAUGGUUCAAUGCAAUUCUUCCACCGGACGUGUAACGGAGCUUCAUCUCAGCUACACAGUGGUGUAUUCAAAUAGGCCUUGGCUGUUCAAUGUGACAAUUUUUCAGUCUUUUGGGGAACUCAUAAACCUCGAUUUAUCCUACAACAACAUCAAUGGUUUGGUGGAGAGUGAUGGUUCUACAAAGAUCUCAACUUUGAAAAAAUUGAGAUUCUUGAACCUGGAUCAAAAUUUUAAUGUCACUGGCCAUAUUUCUAUAGGUGAUCUUACUUCACUUGAGAAAUUGUCCCUUCGUGAAUGUAGUUUGAAUAAAUUCAACUUCCCACUCCAAGGUGUUUGUGGAAUGAAUAAUCUUAUGGAGUUGCAUCUUGGGGAGAAUGUUUUUAAUGGUGGCCUACCUUCAUGUCUUAAAAAUUUGUCUUCUCUCAAAGUUCUUGACCUUUCAAACAAUAAUUUCGAUGGAAAGUUCCCAGAAGUGCUCUCAAGUCUUAGGUCUUUAGAGUACUUGGACCUCUCUAAUAACUACUUUGAAGGUGUGUUUUCCUUGGCUUAUCUCACCAACCUCUCAAAUCUCCAUGUUUUACGACUUUCAAGAAACAUGUUGGAAGUUCGACUGGGAGAUCCAUCAUGGCGACCCACAUUUCAAUUGCAAACAUUGGGCUUGCGAGAUUGCAAUCUAAAUAAAACCUUUGAAACUCUUCCUGUAUUCUUGUCACACCAAACCAACCUAAGUGAUCUUGAUCUCUCGCAUAAUAACGUAUCUAAAGCCUUCCCUACUUGGUUGUUUAACUACUCCUUUAAGCUUAAAUCUUUGCAUCUUGCAAACAACUAUUUGACAGGAAGCCUCCAAUUACCUCUCUUUACUAACAUGUCCUUAAAGAUUCUAGAUAUCUCUAAUAACAAUUUCCAUGAUAAGCUUCCAGUAAAUUUUGGUUUGGUAUUUCGCCAACUCGAGUAUUUGAACUUGUCUGGAAACCAUUUUGAAGGACCUAUUCCAACUUCAAUAGGUCAUAUGCGAGGACUAAGAUUUUUGGAUAUGUCAAACAAUAACUUCUCUGGGAAAUUGCCAAGAAGAUUGCUUAGUGAUUUAAGUUCCUUGAGUAUACUCGAGCUCUCAGACAACAAUAUAGAAGGGGAUGUAACACCAGAGUAUAUGAAUCUCCCAUCAUUGACUUGGUUAAAGCUAAGCAACAAUCGGUUUGGUGGAACAAUCAAGGACUCCUUACGAAAAAGCUUUCGAUUAUAUUACCUGGAUAUAUCCAACAACAGUGUAACAGGCCUUCUUCCUUGGUGGAUUGGCAACUUCUCUGAUGAUUUGUAUUCUUUGUCAAUGUCACAAAACAAUCUCCAAGGCAAUAUUCCAGAGGAAAUAUGUACACUUUACUUAGACCUCUCCCAGAAUAACUUUAGUGGAUCCAUACCUUCAUGCUCCAUCUGUUCGUUUGGUUUUCUGCAUCUACACAGUAACAGUCUCACAGGACCAAUACCAAAUGCAUUAUCAAAUUGCUCAAUGUUGGAAACACUUGAUCUAAGCGAUAAUCAACUUUCAGGUGGCAUUCCAUUGUGGAUUAAUAAAAUUCCGAGCCUAACAAUACUCCUCUUAGCUGGAAAUGGUCUUCAUGGUCUAAUUCCGCACCAGCUCUGUCAGCUGAAGAAUAUCAACAUACUAGAUCUUUCACGUAACAAUCUAUCUGGAGAUAUACCCAUCUGCUUUGGAAAUAUGUCAUUUGGGUUCAAUAAUACUAUGAAGUAUGAAUAUGAUCCGAUUUACAGCGACUACUCUUUGGGUGAUGCUACAGAGUUGGACUUUUAUGAUACACCUGAAGAAGUUGAAUUCUUGGAUAAGAAUCAAUUUUUUUCUUAUAAAGGUAAAAAUCUUGUUCUUAUGACAGGACUAGACUUGUCCUGCAACAAGCUCACUGGUGAGAUACCACCACAACUAGGUGAAUUGAGUAAGAUCCAAUCCUUGAAUUUGUCUCACAACUUCUUGUCAGGAUCCAUACCAAGUCGAUUUUCUAACUUGGAACAAGUCGAAAGCUUAGACCUUUCCUACAACAAUUUGAGUGGCACAAUUCCUUCGGAGCUCAUCGAGCUUAACUUCUUGGCUAUCUUUAAUGUGUCAUACAACAAUUUGUCUGGGAGAGUGCCUGAGACAGGACAAUUUGCAAAUUUCGACGAGAGCAACUAUUUGGGGAAUCGUAGACUUUAUGGGUAUCUGGUGAAUAAACCAAUCAAAGCAUUGCCUCCUGCUGAAGCUACUAAAGAAGAUGAAGGAAUUGAUCAAGAUCACGGUGGAAUUUAUGUAGUAUACUUUUUAUGGAGCUUUUGCAUGUCCUGUGUUACUAUGUUCCUAGCAACUAUAGUAAUCCUCUACAUCAACACUCACUGGCGUGAAGCGUUCUUUGAAGUUGUUGAUAGGCGCAUUCUUUGGUGGUUACCAAUAUCACAACUAUCGUUGUAUUUAUUACUUAGGAUUUAGAACUUUUUAUGAGUAAAGUUUAUUGUCAUAAUAAUCAUUCGAGACCCUAGUAAUUAUGUACCCAUUUGCUUUUCACCAUAUACAACAAUUAGAUUUAAUAUCUAUACUAGUGUGUAAUCCGGGUAAUUACUAGCCGUAUAUGCAUGCGAUGCGUGCAUCAACAAUCU